AUGCCUAGUGAAUUAGAAGAGCUAGUUGGUUUCUUACACUCGCCACAACCUGCUGUGGUCCAGAUUGCCUUAGACAAUUUGGUUGGAUACUCAUCUGGCGCCCAACAAAAAGUGUUUGCUUAUGACAACUAUAGGGCCAUCACUGACCUCAAGAAGCUUUCACAGGACACGGGAAAAACUACUGUCAGUCAAGCGGUCACAAUUUUGGCCAAUUUGUGUGAUGAUGACACCAUGCGAAAGCUUAUUGUCGAUGAUGUCAAGUAUUUAGAAUACUUGGUGAGCUCGAUCGUGAGACUUACUAAUACUGUCACAGACUUAAUGUGCAUUUUACUUGCAAACUUGGCUAAGAAUGACUCAAUUACCAAAAUUUUCGAUAUAUCAAUCAAUCGUGACGAGGAAGCUAAAAAGAUAUUUGCAUCUGCCAAUGCAAUGGACUGUUUGAUGGAUUGUUUUGUCAAGGGAGCGGACCGCAGCUUGAACAAGUACGCUGACUUCGAUUACUUGGCCUAUUUUUUUGCCGAUAUAUCCCGCUUUAAGAAGGGCAGAGACUACUUUGUUACAGAACAGUCAUACGAUAGUGUCGUACCAAUAUCUAAGCUUCUUGUCUUCACAGAAAAGUACGAUUCUAAAGUUAGACGUGAGGGUGUUGCCUCCACGAUCAAGAAUUCUCUUUUCGAUGUGGAUAAACAUGAUCUCUUGGUUAAUGAUGAGAUUAACUUGUUGCCCUACUUGUUGUUACCAAUAGCCGGCCCAGAAGAGAUAAACGAGGAUGAAGCUUCAACUAUUACCCCUGAUAAGAAGAGGGACCCUGAAGACUCAAUCAUAUGCACCCAUCUCGAGUCUUUGUUGCUCUUGUGUACCACUAGGCAAUUGAGAGAGUUCCUUAGGGAGAAGUCUGUUUAUCCUUUAAUCAGGGAGCUUCAUAAGGCUGUGAGCUCGGAAGAAAUUACUGAUUUAUGUGACAGAUUGGUUCAAUUGUUAAUGAGAGAUGAGGCUGAAGCUAAGGCGGAUGAUGCGAUGGACGUAAGCAGUGACGAAGAUGAUGACAAGAUUGUGGAGAUUGUUUAA